AGCGGCUGCUCUCUGCAGGAGGAUUAGGAGAGUGAAGACGUAAUAAAUCUAAACAAAUCUUCUGUCCAUAUGUCUGAGCCUAACUUCCCUCCACUGCCUGGAUUUAUUCCACUCAAGCCAUGUUUCUAUCAAGACUUUGAUGAAAUCCCCGAACAGCACCGCAGCAUGUGCAAGAAAAUGUACAACCUGUGGAUGUUGAAUGGAGCUACACUUGCAGUAAACCUGGUUGGCUGCUUUGCUUGGAUGUUUGGAGGAGGAGGAGUGACUAACUUUGGAUUGGCUAUCAUCUGGCUCAUCAUGUUCACCCCCUGCUCUUACGUCUGCUGGUUCAGGCCCAUCUACAAAGCCUUCAAGAGUGACAGCUCCUUCAACUUCAUGGUCUUCUUUUUUGUGUUCAUGGCCCAAGUUGGCAUCAGUGUGAUUCAAAGCAUUGGUAUUCCUGGAUGGGGUGUAUGUGGGUGGUUGGCCACCGUCUCAUUCUUCAGUUACAAUAUUUUGAUUGCGCUCAUCAUGCUGGUCCCGACGAUCAUGUUCACUGCUGUGGCCUCACUGUCCUUUGUUGCUCUCACUAAGAUACAUAACUUUUACCGUGGGAGCAGUGGCAGCAUGUCUAAAGCCCAGGAGGAGUGGGCUACAGGAGCUUGGAAGAACCCUCAUGUCCAGGCGGCUGCCCAGCAGGCUGCCAUGGGGGCUGUGCAGGAACAGUACUCCAGCUCCCAGUUUAACCAAAACCAGAUGUAGAGUCAUCCGAACACAAAUAACAAGCCACAUCAUGCCAAAGAUCCACCAACGGGCUCAGAAAGAUCUGAAAAUGUUCAGUGUAUGAUACCUAUUAAAGGUCAUUCUAGAAAAGGUUAAUGUCAG